AGACUCACACGUUCUCAACCUCUUCAGCUCUCUCUACAGCUUGUCUGAAUCGGAGCAUGUCUAGGUUGAGAUGCCAUGGGAUGCAUCUGGCCAACCGCACAAUGCCUUUCAAAUACUCCACUGAGCUCUUUACUUUUUCGGUUCAGGGCUCUGCCACAAAUGCUCGGC